AUGCGUUCUAUGUGGCCGGGCAUCUAUGGCAAUGCUGGAGGUUCUCCAGUUGUGGUGUCUAAUAUGCGUAAGCGUGCAGUCCAAGCAUCACGAUUUAUGUUGCAGAUGAUGCAGGCCCCCUUGUAUGCUAAACUGACUGAAAAUGAGGGUGAAAAUUGUAAUACACAAUCAACUGAAACUGUAGAUGGCUCUUUGCAACCUUCAUUUGAAUGUUCAGACGAGGGACUUGGUAUUCGCAUCGCUGCUGAGGUCGCAAGCUUCACUACAAAGAAGACACCGGCUGAGAGGUCAUAUGUUUCAGCACUAUGUAGAAUACUUGUCUUGCUCCAUUUUCGGGUAUCAGAACAAGGUGCAAUAAAAUUAAUGAGGAAACUCUUGAACCGCGUGGCUGAAACUGUAUCAGCAGAGAGAGACCUUGUAAAGGAGUUGAAGCAGAUGGCUGAACGUCUCAAGUCAGUAGAUAAGCAACCAGACGAGGAGCUAUUGGAGGAUCAAGCAAAACUUAUUUUGGGGACAUUGGGAAUCGAUAUCAACUUGAAUGUUGACUGCCCCGCCGCAAUGCCACAAACACCAGCCCCACUACAACCAACCAAACCAUCUCGUUCUAGAAGACGAGUAAGGCGUGAAGACUCUUCUGAUGAAGAAGCCUCACCGACCACUGUUGUGCAGACUGCUCCUUGCACUAUAGGCAGCCGCUCACAGAGGGCUAGCAAGACUGCAGCCCUGACAAAAAUGACUGCGAAUGUAGCCGUUAGGAUUGAUGAAUAUGACGAUGAAGCAGAAGAAGACUCUGAGGUAACAUCAGAGGAAGAUUCUGAUGACUCUGUCCCUUAUGCUGAAUGA